GUAAAGAAAGAAACAGACUUUAAACAAAAUCAUUGUUUUAAAGAUCUUUGACCAUUAUUUCAAUUCACAAAAUCUCCCAACUUUUUUCAGCAUAUUUGAGUAAACCAUCCACAGUUCUUGCAAACAAAAAAGGAAAAUAAAAAUGGGUUCUCAAGUUCUUUGGUUUCUUCUAUUACUAACUCUCACAACCAUAUGCAAAAGUAAGUCAUGUCAUCCAAAUGACUUAAAGGGUCUUCAAGAUUUCAAGGCUGGAAUUUAUUUAGAUACUUCUAGCAGAUUAAAUAAAUGGAAAAGCCAAGAUUGUUGCAAAUGGGAAGGCAUUUCUUGCAAUAAUGAAAAUGGUAGAGUUGUACAAAUCAAUUUACCAGGUCUCUAUACUUCAGGUGAUGCACCAUUUCAAUCUACUAUGGCAGGAGAAUUAUCUCCUUCAAUCACUCUUCUGAAGUUUCUUGAGGUUAUCGAUAUGAGUGAACUCGUUGGACUCGCAGGGCAAAUUCCUCCUUCCAUUGGUUUACAUCUUCCAAAUCUCAGAAAACUCAACUUUCUUGGUAACAAUUUUAGUGGUUCAUUACCACAAAGUAUAUGUAAGUUGUCUAAACUUGAAGAAUUUUAUCUCCAAGAAAAUAGCUUUUCUGGUUUUCUUCCCUCAUGUAUUAGAGGUCUCAAGAAUCUCAGAAGAUUGGAUAUACAUUCAAAUAAACUUUCUGGUGCAAUUCCUGAGUCUAUAACAAGCUUGACAAAUUUAGAAAGUUUGUGUUUUCAAGAUAAUUUCUUGACUGGGAACAUACCAGAAAACAUUGGCAAUCUGCAAGCAUUGAAAGAGCUUGAUUUAUCUAAUAACUCAUUAACCGGGAUAAUCCCUCGUUCCGUUGCUAAACUAUAUUCCAUUUCAAGUCUCUUCCUAAAUGACAAUCAGCUUGAGGGAGAGAUACCAUUGCCUUCAAAACCUGGCCAGUUGUCUUCUCUGCAAUUUCUAAGACUGCAAAAUAAUCGCCUCAGUGGAACGAUACAUCCAUCGAUUGGUUACUUGACUUCCCUUCAGAGACUUUCACUAGCAAACAAUCAGCUUAAGGGUACUGUUCCUUCAAGUUUAGGAAAUCUAAAGUCACUAACAGAGUUAUAUCUCAGUUACAACCAGUUAUCUGGUCGGUUGCCAAGAUCAAUAGGCGAGAUUUCGCAGCUUCUCUUGUUGAGUAUAUCUCAUAACAUGAUUGAAGGACCAUUGCCUCAUCAAAUUUCUUCCCUUUCAAAUCUUCAAUCAUUGGAUCUAUCAUUCAACCAUUUGAAAAUAUCAACCAUUCCCAAGUGGCUAAUGCAGUUGCCAUCACUGUCGCGUAUCUACUUAGCAGGAUGUGGAAUUCAUGGUGAAGUUCAAGAUUAUAUAAAACCACUUGCCAAGUCAUUGCAAGAACUAGACUUGUCAGCUAACCAACUUUCAGGAAGGUUUCCUGCUUGGAUUGGUAGUUUUACUCAGCUCUAUACUUUAAAUCUUUCUAAUAACAAGUUUGUUUCUGAGAUUCCCUCUACUUUCACAAAUCUUGAAAAUCUUGGAAUUCUAGACCUUCACUCAAAUAAGCUACAAGGCAGUGUGAAUUCAGUUUUCCAGAUGAAGAGCAGGUUUGAAGGAGGAUCAUUGACAUAUCUUGAUCUUUCCGAUAACAAUUUCUCAGGUGCCAUUGACCAGAUUGGGAGGGGAGGACAAGAAAAUAUCCGAUACUUAAAUUUAUCGCAUAAUUUUCUCAAAGGUAGAUUGCCAACAUCCAUAGGAACAUUGAAAUCACUACAGAUAUUGGAUCUCAGUUACAAUGGAUUAGGCUCUAACCUGCCAAUAUCACUGGCCAAUGUUAGCACUUUGGAGAGACUGAUGCUGCACAAGAAUCAUUUCACCGGCAGAAUCCCUGAGGAGUUUUUGAAGCUGAGAAACCUGAAAGAGUUGAACCUUUCAGAUAAUCUUCUUGAAGGGAAAAUACCUAAUGGGAAGCCAUUUAUUGAUUUUCCUAAGAGCUCAUACUCUGGGAACAGAGGUUUAUGUGGGAAACCACUUCCUCCCUGUAAAUCUUGAACUUCAACUUUUUGUUUUCUUCACAUAAUUUUCCAGAAAAAAUUUAAUACAGAAGGUCAAACUGCUAAUGCAACUCUUCAUUUC